AUGGCCUCCACUUCAGCACAGAACGCUGAGAAAUUCGUUUAUCCCCGAGAAACAACUCGUCAUGAGGCGACGAUUCUUGGCUUCCCUUCAAAAUUCUCUAUCGCUGCGGUCUACCACGAAAGCGCAUGUGCCGAUAUUGCUAGUUUGGCUUGUGCAAUUUCAGCCUUCGAGCCGGUCCGACUAUAUACUCGACCAGAAGAUGUCUCCAAAGCAAAUCCAAUGCUUUUGGAUAGAAUAUCAGAAUAUCGGGGUGACAUCCAGAAUAUAUCCAUCAUCCCUUUCCCUACAAAUCACCUCUGGGUACGAGAUACAGGUCCAAUCUACGUACACGCGGCGGACGAAAAUGACCAUAAAAAACGUUAUGCAGUCAAUUUCCGGUUUGCUGAAUGGGGCAAGAAGGACGACAUUGGCGACCAUGACCGAGCUUCGGAUGGACUCGACUGGCCUGUCAUGACAAAUGAACAAUUGGAGGAAAAUGCAACUUUCGCCCGCCGGGUUAUUGAAUCUGACAUCUCUCCAUCGCCGGUCAGUCUAGUUGAAUCAAGUAUUCGCUUGGAAGGUGGUGCAUUAGUCGUGGACGGAGAAGGCACACUUUUGGCCACCAAAAGCAGUAUCAUCAACGAAAAUCGCAACCCUGGGCUUUCACAGGACGAUAUUGAGACAGAGCUACGUCGUAUACUCGGAGUUGAAAAGAUUAUAUGGUUCCCCGGCAGAAAGGAUCUUGAUGUUACCGAUGUCCAUGCUGACGCUGAGGUGAACUUCAUUCAACCCGGAGUUAUUGUUCUGUCCCGGCCUCAUUCUUCUGUGCCUAAACCAUGGCUAGAAGUUUUUGGAGAGAUCAGAGAGAUUUUAAGUCAAUCGACCGAUGCGAAGGGCCGCAAGUUUGAAGUUCAUAUUAUCGACGAGCCGGACCCUAAGGCUCUUGGACCUUUAUCAUACGAUGAACCGGCGACCAACUAUGUCAAUUGUUAUUUUGUCAAUGGAGGACUGGUUAUUCCCCAUUUCGGGGACAAAGACAGUGAUAAAAACGCUUUGGAGAUCUUUCAAAAGCUAUGCCCCGACCGGGUAAUUCAGCCAGUUUAUGUGACUGGACUUCCAUUAGCAGGUGGUGUUAUUCACUGCGCGACUCAACCGGUCCUUGCUGCUCAAGAUUGA